UAUCUCUUUCUCUGUGGCAGGACGUGAGCCGGUUGAACGCAGCGCUGGCGUUCUUCAUCAAUGACCUGCUGUCGGUGAUGGACCGUAGUUUUGUCCUGGGACUGGUGCGCCUCUAUUGCCGUGAGAUGGCGUCUCAGCGCACCACUACCAGCGGCGCCCAGCUCAUCUAUCUGAAGCUGGACUUUCUGCGUAUCGUGUGCUCGCACGAGCACUACUUUUCGCUGAAUCUGCCGUUUUGUACGCCGCUGAGCGGUGCUCUGGUGGCGGCGUCUCCGACACCGUCGGUGGGCUCGGCCAGCUCGCAGUCCUCCUACCUAUCCACGCUGGUGGCUAACGAGCGGCCGCGCUUCGGCGAGCUGAGCGUCCACUUCCUUCAGCAGCACUACCUGGCCGGCCUGGUGCUGCAGGAGCUGCGGGCCACGCUGCCACCCAGUGGACGGACCGGCGGCGGCGGCAGCGGCCCAGGCACGCAGCGGCGCGCUGUCGCUCUGGUGCGCAGUCUGCUGGCCUGGCACGACGCCGACCCGCGCUUCCAGGAGCAGUGUGCGCGCGCACGCGUGGCACUCCUCUAUCUGCCCCUGGUGCCGAUCGUGCUGGACAGUCUGGAUCAGAUGUUUGGAUGGGGUGCAGCAGAUUUGUCAGCUGCCGGUUAUUCGACCAGGGACGAUGGCCCGCUCGGCUCGCCGCCGCACGACACGGCAGAGGCGCAG